UCUUCUUUUCUUCUCCCCUGCACCCGACCAGCCCCCCCUUCAAGCUGCCGAUAGUUUCCCUUGGGAAACUCGGCAAAAAGCUUGAAUUUCUCUUCUUUUCUUGUUAAACCACGAGAUUUGGGGCUUAGAAUCCUCCCUCUCAACCUAGAAAUCCCGGAUCUGCUCUGCUCCUUCCUCCCUUGUUCGUCGGGUUCUGCUGGGUGUGGAUCCUUCGGCUUUUCUGAACCGUGAGUUUCCCCCCCUGCACUGCCACUGGUCUUCCCCAACUGCAGCUCCGGUUUUUGGCUGGAUUUCCUGGUUUUGAUUGUUCUGUCACCGUAGCACUUGGGUUAGCCUUCUGUUCUGUGCGAGUGAGGUAAGUAAAUCAUGGCUUUGAUAUUGAACUGAAUCUGAUUCUGUUUUAAUGGUUUGUCAUUGAACGUUUUGCUAUUGAACGGAAUUUGAUUCCGCAUUAAUGAUUUAUCAUUGAAAGUUCUGUUAUGUUUACAUGGUUUGUCUGGCAAGCUUAAAAGUUUUACCCAAGGGCUAUCCAUAUUUACUUACUGAGUUAUCUCAUAGUUUUCCUUGUCCACCAUUUCAGGAAGUGAUACCGAGGAUGGGGAAACCGAGGGGAGUGACGAGUUAGAAGGCUAGCCAUCGUGUAAAUUGAAUAUGGAUUUUAGAUAUGAAUGAUGAUCUUGUAAGCGAGAUUUUUCUUAUACCAUAAAAGUUUAUAGUAUAAUUGUAACUAAAUAAUCAAAAUAUUCUAUACAAAAAAUUAAUAAUAUCUAAAUAUACAAUUUUUUAUAUUCAUUUACUUUAUUUAGUUAUGGUUUGGUUUUUUGUCAAAUAAUUUCAGGUGGUCAAUCGAUGGUUCCAAGGUUGGAGAGGACUGUAGUGUCAAUAUACAAGCAAUUGGCUUUCAUAACAACAAAAUCGGGCCACGGGAGGAUAGUGAUGUCCUUUAAUGAAAAGAAAAAGAAUGUGCACCGAGAGAACUUUUUGGAUUUUUUGUAAUAUAUUCGAACAAAAAAUAGUCUAAAAAAGUGUAAGUGUAGAAGUUUCUAGAUGCUGGACAUAUAUACAAAUCACACCUGCCAUUUCCCGAUUCUGCUCUUCUUCUUUUUCUUCCCCUGCAUCGAAUAAAGCCCAGCCACCGACCGCAGCCUUCCCUUGAGAGAAAUCGGUAAGAAGCUUGGAUUUUUCUCUUCUUUUCUUGUUCUAGAACAAGAUUGGAACCCAGAAAUUCUCCCCCCCUGCUGGAAAAUCCGGAUCUGCUUUGCUCUGUCCGCCGGCUGCUCUUGUUGUGGGUGCAAAUUCUGGGCAUUUUUAGAUUUCCCUUGAAUUUCUCCUGCACUUGCCGCCGGCUUCUUCUCCCUGCAGCUUCGGUUCCUUUCUUGCAAAUUCUGGAAGCGAAACCGAGGACGGGAAAACCACGAGAAGUGACGAGUUAGAAGGCUAGUCAUAUUGUAAUCUGAUAUAGAUUUAGAUAUAGAUCAUGAUCUUGUAAACGAGAUUUUAAUUGGAGAUUUAUAAAUGCAUUUAAUGGAUUGUUAGUUUACAAAAGAUUUGACCGAGAUUUUGAGCUUAAGUCAUAUUGGACCUAGAAUUAUUUUGAAAUAUCUGUUUUAAGCUAUUGGAUUGUCAGAUGUGAAGUGGAUAAGUUCUGAGUUUUGUGCAUUUGUGAGACCCGUCUCACGAGUGCACGGCGUUUGUCGCGCCUUGGAUUUGGAUCAAAAUUUAUAAUUUACUUCAAUAUCAUAAAUCUCCAAGAAAGUCGAGUUUACAAUAUCACGAUUUAUUUCUAAAAUCUAUGUCAAUCUCGAAAUAGCUAGCCUUUUAACUCGUCACUCCCCUCGGUUUUCCCGUCCUCGGUUUCGCUUCCUGAAAUAGUGGACAAGGAAAACUAUGAGAUAACUCAGUAAGUAUGGAUAGCCCUUGGGUAAAAAUGUAAGCAUGCCAGAUAAACCAAGUAAGUAUAACAGAACUUUCACUGAUAAACCGUUAAUGCGGAAAAAACUCAGUUCAGUAGUCUCAUCUAUAAGUCAUGGCCAGUGUUAUAACAACCCACUGGCAGGCGACAGAAAUUUACCAAUGUGUUCGCCCAUUUGUAGGCGUCGGAAUGUGCCAAUGUAUUCGCCCAGUGGCAGGCGUCAGAAUAAACCGAUCAUAUCAGUAAACAUGUCGACCUGUGCUAGCGUUACACCCACUAGCGGGGAUCGGAAAUCAUGACCAUAUCAGAGACAAAACCAUGUAGGAUUUACAAAAGAAAUCCGUAAUCCACAAUCAAAAUCCGUAAUUCAC